AUGUCUUUAGUGGCUGCUAAUAAUACUAAAUCCUUAUCUUUUGGUUUGCUACCAGUAGAAAUUGUAGAUUUAAUAAUCAGUCACUACGUCGAAAUGGCUCCUCGUGCUGCUUCAGAUCCUAUGAAUUGUGCGAACAAGGCUUUUUUACUGCUCAAUUCUUAUAAACAUUUGUUAAAUCUACAAUUAGUUAGCAAAUCUUGGGCUUCAGCUGUUAUUCCUUUUGCAUAUAAAUCUGUCUAUUUGUUAUCGCCAAUUAUGUCCUCCAAUUCUGUGGCAGACAUGUUGGACACAUUGGCAAUUCCAAUGAAUGUCUUGGUCACAAGUUAUUGGCACUCAAAAAAAUAUUGGCAUUUUCUGUUGAAACAUUUGGAAUAUGUCCCUGUUAAUUUUCCUCCUAAUUUCAAAACCAUUGUUUUUAUGACUUGGAAUGGGUCAAGUGUGGAGGAUCCUGAAUUGGUGGAAUUAUGCUCUCUUUAUGGUAUACGUUGUGUUUUCACUAACAAAUUGACUCACACUGAUUUGUCGGGUUCUGCCAGUUGGUUCAAAUGA